GCGUCCGCCCUUUCUGCAGGUUCCAAUGGCGGCGGCGCCUGCGGCAGCGCAGCCCGACCAGACUCAGGGUCUGAUGGCCUUUGAGGACGUGGCCGUGCACUUCUCCCAGGAGGAGUGGGGGCUCCUGGAUACAGCCCAGAGGUCUCUGUACCGCCGGGUGAUGCUGGAGAACUUCGCCCUCCUGGCCUCGCUGGGCCUGUCUGUGUCCCGGCCCCAUGUGGUCACGCAGCUGGAGUGCGGCGAGGAACCCUGGGUUCUCAGUGGGGUGGACGUGACCCUGCCCCAGGAUGCCCAGAGGAGGCCCUGCCGCGGUUCCCCUCUUCUGGCUGAGAACAGUAAUGUUUCUGGAGAAGCCCCAUUCCCUGGGGCUUUCGGGGAUGGCUCCCUUCUGGCGACUGCCAGUGUCCUCCCCACCACGGGUGCCUGUGAGCACAGGAAGAUCCCGGAGGGUCGGCGCAGCAUCUCCCCGUCUCGGGAGAGGAAACCCACCGGGGUGUCUGUGAUCUACUGGGAGAGGCUCCGGCUGGGGCCGGGCAGCGGCGAUGCCAGCGUGAGCCUCCGGCUGACCUCUUCUCUGCGGCCGCCGCCUGGGGACAAGGCCCUCGCAGAGUGCCCCGCGCCCAGUCAGCCGUCUCGGGUGUCGGAGCGGCGGAAGCCCUGGGCACGCGACGCCCCCGGGGGAGCCUUCUCAAGCGAGCCCGGGGCUCCAGGAGCGCGAGGAAUGGGCCCGGCCUGGCGCGGGCCGCCCGGCUGGACCGAGCUGGGUGAGGCACUGCAGCCCGGGCCCGGCCUCCUCUCCGGGGAGAAGCCCUUCGAGUGCAGGGCGUGCAGCAAGGUGUUCGUGAAGAGCUCCGACCUGCUCAAGCACCUGCGCACACACACUGGGGAGCGGCCGUACGAGUGUGCGCAGUGCGGCAAGGCCUUCAGCCAGACGUCACACCUGACGCAGCACCAGCGCAUCCACAGCGGGGAGACGCCCUACAGCUGCCCGGCCUGCGGGCAGGCCUUCCGGCACAGCUCGUCGCUGGUGCGGCACCAGCGCAUCCACACGGCUGAGAAGGCCUUCCGCUGCGCCGAGUGUGGCAAGGCCUUCAGCCACCGCUCCAACCUCAGCCAGCACCGCAAGAUCCACGCGGGCGGCCGGCCCUACGCGUGCGCGCGCUGCGGCCGCAGCUUCUGCCGCAACUCGCACCUCAUCCAGCACGAGCGCACGCACACUGGCGAGAAGCCCUUCGCCUGUGCGCUUUGCGGGGCCGCCUUCAGCCAGGGUUCGUCGCUCUUCAAGCAUCGGCGCGUGCACACCGGGGAGAAGCCCUUCGCCUGUGCGCAGUGCGGCCGCGCCUUCAGCCACAGCUCCAACCUGCGGCAGCACCGGCUGCUGCACACGGGUGAGCGGCCCUUCCGCUGCGCGGACUGCGGCAAGGCCUUCGCCAAAGGCGCCGUGCUGCUCAGCCACCGGCGCAUCCACACGGGCGAGAAGCCCUUCGUGUGCGCGCACUGCGGACGCGCCUUCCGCGAACGCCCAGCCCUCUUCCACCACCAGAGGCUCCACACCGGCGAGAAGCCGGCGCGGCGGCCCCGAGCCGGCCCACGCCCCCCGGCCAGGCCGCCUUCAGGGGCAUCGCCCGAGGGCGCACUGGGGCGGGAGGCCGGGCGCCCCGCCACCUCGGGCCCAGCCACCAUGCUGAGGACCACUGAGGCCUGA